AUGUCUGAUCUCACUUCUUCAACACCGACCAUCCAACCCCGCGUCGCACUUAUCACCGGUGCAGCCCAGGGCAUUGGGCGCGCUAUUGCCCUGCGGCUCGCAGAGGACGGACUAGACAUUGCCAUCGCAGACUUAGCAUUACAACGCACGAAACUCGAUGGUGUCGCAGAGGAGGUGAGGGCGAAGGGGAGGCGGUGCAUUGUCUUGGAAUGCGAUGUAUCACAAGAGGAGGAGGUCCAACGCAUGGUGCAGGCUACGGAGGAAGAAUUUGAUGGUUUGGACGUUAUGGUAGCGAACGCUGGACGACUCCUCGUGAAGACUAUGAUUGACUCUACUCUCACCGAUUUAGACAAUGUAUUCGGCACUAAUGUGCGCGGGGUGUUCCUAUGCUUGCGUGCUGCAGCGCAGGUUAUGAUCAAGCGAGGGCGUGGCGGGAAGAUCAUCAGCGCAUCGUCGGUAUCAGGGAAGAAAGGGACAGCAUUAAACGGCAUUUACUGUGCGUCAAAAGCUGCCGUUCGAUCGUUCACACAGGCACUCGCGAGUGAAGUCGGGUCACACGGCAUCACUGUGAACGCCUAUGCGCCUGGACCAAUCGAUACCCCUCUCUUGCAAGACUCCGCAGAUGCAUUGGAGCAACUGUUUGGGGUUCCUGAUGGCAAGGCAAUGAUUCGAGAUCAUGUUGGAACGCCGGAAGACAUUGCGAGCAUGGUAUCGUUUCUCGCGGGCAAAGAAUCUGGCUUCAUCACUGGCCAGACAAUCACAAUUGAUGGGGGAGGCUGGAUGGACUAA